AUGAUACCGCCUUCAGUUGGCAUCGCAAAAGAGAAUCGGUUCAAAAUGUCGUAUCAGCAAAGAAGGGAUCUCAGGGAAAUUACAAGAGACAUCAUUAGAGAAGCCCGCGUUUCAAAUAAACAAAAGUCAAUGUCGCCUGGAGCUCGAGACAGGUUUCCAUCUACAUCGUCAACUGAUGAAAAUGAAUCUGGAACUGAUGGUGAAAAUGAAAGAAAAAGAAUCACCAUUUCUUAUGGAGGAUUACCGAUGUCACAGAAUCCGGGUAACAUGAUCAUACGCAAACGGCGUGGAAACUUGCCAAAGCAAUCAGUGAAGAUUUUGAAGCGAUGGCUGUAUGAACAUCGGUACAAUGCAUACCCGAGUGACGCAGAGAAGCUUGCACUCAGUCAGGAGGCUAACUUGACUGUACUGCAGGUAUGCAAUUGGUUCAUCAAUGCACGUCGCCGUAUUCUGCCCGAGAUGAUUCGUCGCGAAGGCCAAGAUCCUCUGCACUAUACUAUAUCUCGUCGCGGACGGAAGCAGCUUAACUCCAGCGAUGCAGAUGGAGAAGCUGGUGCCAGUAGCUUAGUGGUUACUUCCUGGGAUGGCUCUGAAAUGGAGGGCGAAGGAGAAAGUGGCCGUGAGCACAGUUAUGGUGAUGGACUCCUCGUAUACCGAAGCGACGGUGAAAUGGUGGAAGAGGGCGAGGACAGGUCGGGCCAGGAGGAGGAGUACUCCUCGGGGGCAGUCAGCGAAGAGGACGUCAAGUACGACCCUUCUGUGUGGCACUCGGUCAUACGCUACGGGACAGAUGAUGUGCACCCGGCAGCCAGGGGUUCCGCGGCGGUAGUGACGGUGCGCACGAUGGACGGCGAGGCAGUAGAGGGGAACGAACAGAUGGAGACAGAGGAGGCCGGGGACGAUGCGGAAGGGGGCACGACGGCCACGUGGCGCCCACAAGUGACGAGGGUUCCCCAGGUCACGCCGAUUCGACGCAGGCUGCAGGUGGUAGGAACGAGCGUGCCAGAAGCGGGGGUCGAGAAGGACAAGUUUAAUUCUCCUCAGAGAGGACGGUUGCACGGCGCACACAUAUCUAUCGAAAUUUUCCAAGAUUAUGAGACAUCCUUGCAUAAUAAAGGAGGCGGAUAG